GCUAGCCAACAGAGAAGAGAAGGGGGGAGAAGAUCGAAGUUGGCGCUCCUUUUGUACUCCCCGUUUAUCCUCUUUCUCUCUCUAGAAGAACACCAUCGCAAUUUGUAAAUUUUGACUGCAGAUUUCUCAAAUCUGUUGUACAGAUUUCUUCGCCGCUGCUCUCCUUGCAAUGUCCUUGCGAAGGAGGAUCUUGCUCAAGGUCAUCGUCCUCGGCGACAGCGGGGUUGGUAAGACGUCAUUGAUGAAUCAAUAUGUACACAAAAAGUUCAGUCAACAGUACAAAGCUACAAUCGGUGCUGAUUUCGUUACUAAAGAGUUGCAGAUAGAUGAUAAGCUUGUUACAUUACAAAUAUGGGACACGGCUGGACAGGAGAGGUUCCAGAGUCUUGGGGUGGCGUUUUAUCGAGGAUCGGAUUGUUGUGUUCUUGUGUAUGAUGUUAAUGUUAUGAAGUCUUUUGAUACUCUUGAUAAUUGGCAUGACGAAUUUCUCAAACAGGCCAAUCCAUCUGAUACAAAGAAAUUUCCAUUCAUGUUACUGGGAAACAAGAUUGACAUUGAUGGAGGAAAUAGUCGUGUGGUUUCUGAGAAGAAAGCAAAGGAUUGGUGUGCCUCAAAUGGUAACAUUCCUUACUUUGAGACUUCUGCAAAAGAGGAUAUCAAUAUCGAUGCUGCCCUUUUGGCUAUUGCUAAAUUAGCUUUAGCCAAUGAACAUGAACAAGACAUAUAUUUCAAUGGUCCCUCGGAGGCAGUUACAGAAACAGAGCAACGAGGCGGUUGUUCGUGCUGAUGACGAAAUUGAGAAAUGCAAAACCCUAACCUUUAUUUAUAUCACUUUAUUUGGUUGUGCUAUCGACAAUGUGAUUGAUUCAUUUGUGUUUUUGUUGUUGAGAAUUUAGCAAUGUAUUAUUUUCUUUGUAUGUAAAAUCUUUUUACGGUUUGGGUCGGGUCAGGUUGUGUAUUAUUCUAAGAUUUUUGUGUGUGUUUAUUAUUAGAGCAGAUAUUUGGAUA